UCCACUUCAUCUCCCUUCUCUUCACUGCCGCUGUACCAGCAGGAUUGGAAGCGAUCUGAGAUGACUUCUACAGACACAAGUGUGGUGAUUCACGUGACCAUCCGGACGUUUGAUGGUAAAAGUCGACCGAUGGACAUCGACACAGCAGACACUGUGUUCAACGUGACCAAAAUAAUGAGCAAGCAGAUUGAGAGAAAACCUGAGGACUUGAUGAUGGUCUUUGAUGGUUGCAUCCUGGAGGAUGAGAAGAGGAUCCAGGACUGUGGGAUCCGAAGAGGGAGUCAAGUCAACCUGAUCCAACGCUACAAAAACCACAAGACAUCCCUCCUGAAACGGCAGAACUCCUAUUUAAUGCGAUAGUGCAGCGGACGUGGAAAUGCAAAUAAGGUUGUUUUUUUUUUUUUUUUUAUGACAGACGAGAAUUAUAUCAGCUUCCAAAACGAUGAUGAACUCGUAUGAAGAAAAAAAAAACUCUAUAUACAAAACGCUUUCCUGUUUUCAUGAACUGAAUGUUCUGUCACGAUAUAUUUUAGGAUGAGGAAGGUAAUUAGUCUUUUUUUGUUUUUUAUUUACACCACAAAAGGCGAAACGACCCAGAAAAAAGCGCUUUUUAUUUAAAGACAGCAGAGUCGUCGCUCCUGUUCAUCAGAUUAGUCGCUCGGCCGCUGGUAUAAACACGAGGAGGCAAAGGUGGGCAUUGUAAAACACAGAGAAGCAUUGUAAAGCACAGAGAGGUCUGGUAAAGCAUAGGGAAGCAUUGUAAAGCACAGAGAGGUCUGGUAAAGCAUAUGGAAGCAUUGUAAAGCACAGAGAGGUCUGGUAAAGCAUAGGGAAGCAUUGUAAAGCACAGAGAGGUCUGGUAAAGCAUAGGGAAGCAUUGUAAAGCACAGAGAGGUCUGGUAAAGCAUAGGGAAGCAUUGUAAAGCACAGAGAGGUCUGGUAAAGCAUAUGGAAGCAUUGUAAAGCACAGAGAGGUGUGGUAAAGCAUAGAGAAGCAUUGUAAAGCACAGAGAGGUCUGGUAAAGCAUAGGGAAGCAUUGUAAAGCACAGAGAGCUGUGCAAAACUGCAUAAUUAUCCAGCUGUGUGCAAUGUUCAUAUCAAUGGUAAAAUCUAAUGGUUUUUAAAACCAAAUUAGCUGCUUAAUGUCCUGUGAUAGCGUGUGUGUGUUUGUGUGUGUCCAUGUGUACAUCCCUUAUCAAAUGUAUUUUUAAAAUACAAAUCUAAAUAAAA